UUCGUCUUAAAUUUAGAGUAGAGGUUAUUACCAAGGGAUAAAGGUCUGAAAAGCUAAGCAAACAUGAGCGACAAGGGGACAGUCUCGCCGAAAGAGAAGGAGGCUACAGAGAAGAGGGGGCGUGGAAGACCCCGCAAGCAGCCCCAAGUAAAAACCUCUGACGAACCCAGUGGGUCCCCUACUCCAAAGAGGCCCAGAGGACGACCGAAGGGCAGCAAAAACAAGACAGCCAGCAAGGGCAAAGCAAAAGCAGCCCCACCUGCAGUGGGAAAACGCAGGGGAAGACCUAAGAAGGAGGAGAAGGAAGAAAAGGCAUCGCAGGAAUCAUCUGAGGAGGAGGAAGAGGAGGAGGAAGAGGACCAGUAAUCCACAACGCAUGCUACCUCACUCAACAUACUGACUUACUGUUAACCAGAACUGGGCUGUAACUCCAACACCAGUGCCACCACAUGACCACUGUUCACGACAAAGCCCUCCUGCCAAAAGGAGGGUCAACACAGUACAUAUAUCAUGCAACAGCACUGGAUAGAACGAUGGACCUUGCUCAAGCAUAGAUCUAAGAAUUACAUGAAAGGUAACAGCCCUUUUCUCUACAGGUCAUGU